GAAACCUGGAGAAUAAAACACAAAGAACCAUAUAUAAAACACGAGGAACAAGGAGAGUUCAUUGAAGAAAAAGAGGAAAAGGAAGAAUCAAGUGAAGUUGAGGAGAAAAAUCCUGUCAAAACCGGUGGAAAACCUUUGAUUUGCUCUCAAACUAAACUGAAAGAUUUAAAGAAAAGAAGAGUUAAGAAAUCUUUCACCUGCAAUCAGUGUGGAAAGAGUUUAACAUGUAAAUCAAAUCUCAAGUGUCACAUGACAGUUCAUACUGGAGAGAAACCAUUCACUUGCAAUCAAUGUGGAAAGAGUUUCACAUGUAAAUCAAAUCUCAAGUGUCACAUGAGAGUUCAUACUGGAGAGAAACCAUUCACUUGCGAUCAGUGUGGAAAGAGUUUCACAUGUAAAUCUAAUCUCAAGUAUCACAUGAGAGUUCAUACUGGAGAGAAACCAUUCACUUGCGAUCAAUGCGGGAAGAGUUUCACACAAUCAUCAAACCUUAAGGAUCACAUGAACAUCCACACUGGAGAGAAGCAGUACGCAUGUGAUCAGUGCGGUAAAAUGUUUUUAUGGGCUUCACUUCUGAAGAAACACUUGAAUGUUCAUGCAAAGGAGAAACCACAUUCAUGUAAUUUGUGUGGUAAGAGUUUUUUGCAUCUACAAAGUUUGAAAAUGCAUCAGAAAAUACAUACUGGUGUGAGAGAGUACAUGUGCUUUGGGUGUGAAAAGACUUUUAGUUCAGUGAGCAGUUUAAAACUACAAGUGUUCACAUUGUGACAAGAGAUUUAGUCAGUCAGAAAAUAUGAAAUCA